AUGUACGGGUUGUCCAAGUUUUUGUUGGCGCUGUGGCGGUUCUCGUUCAUAUGUCCGGUGGUCAAGCACCGAGCGGCCGACACAUACCGGUUUAGCCGGUGCUUUUACAUGUUCAACUUGAUCAUGCUGACCGUGUUCGUCGGCCAAAGCGUCUGGGCCGUCAUCUCGGACGUGACUUUCGGCCGGACGUUGCGCAUCAAGAGCACCACGACCACGGUGGUGACCGUCUUGCAGACCGUGUUGAUGGCAAUGUUGUGCGUGUUGGCCGUGUGCGGUUCGGCGGGACGCCACGAGACAAUGCUGGAGAUCGAGAGGCGGCUGCGCCGGGUGGAUAAAGCGCUGGGAAGCCUUCCCGACCAGCCGAUCGUCCGGUUCGGGGUCAUGCUGCUGACGUGCAACACGGCGUUGUACAUACUCGACGCAUACGCCUGGUACCGGAUCGACCAGCCCAUCACCGCCUACUGGGUGUUCUACGUGUACGAGCACAUUAGCGUGGCGUCAUUGUUGUUGUACGCACAAAUCACGUGGUGCAUAGGCCAGAGGUUCCACCGGAUCAACAGUCAGAUCGAGUACAAGCUAAGGGAAUGCAUAAAAAACGCGACGAAAAAACAGAUGAACCCCACACGCCAGCCAAUGGUUUUCGUCAACAAUUAUACCGACAUCAAUACAGUGUCUAUUGCUAAACUCCAAGAACUCCACGAUAGCCUUUGCAGUUGCAUCAAAAUGGUCAAUGACAAGUUCGGCUGGCAGUUGUUCGUAACAUUAUUUUGCAACUGCGUGCAUCUUAUAGUGACGUCCAACUUAAUGCUCGUCGAGUUGUUCUUUCCGGCCGAGGCAAACGCCAACACCGAUAUUUACUUCAAAUGCAUACAAGUCAUUUGGGUUUUAAUACAUAUAUCUCAUCUGCUUUUGAUAGUAUUACCUCCUUCGUACGCCACUAAAAAGGCUGAACGAACUGCCGUGAUCAUAUGUAAACAUUUAUCAAUGUCCUUGGAACAAGACGACAUGAAACAGCUGGAAAUGUUUGUUCUUCAGUCACACAAAGAAAUAAUCAAUUUUUCUGCUUGUGGAGUUAUGAGCUUGCAUAGAUCUACGAUUACUACGAUAGUCGGAACUGCAAUAACGUAUCUAUCGAUUUUAAUUCAAUUUAAAAACUCUGCAUAAACUCACGCCUCAUACAUAAUGUAAAACCGUUCGCCUAAUAGAA